AUGACGGUGGAUAAUUGGACCAUAAAUCUGGAAUGCGAUGGGAAAGCUGAAGGACAUAAACAUGUGCAAAGAGAAAUGGAUAGAGUUGAGAUAUGCUUUUUCGACUUGAUUGAUCUGAUCGAGGGAAGAGGAGGUACAAAGAAAAAGAAAGGAUUAAAUGUAAUGCAUACUGAAGCACUAUAUGCUAAUGAGGUUGAGCAGCAUGAUGAUGAGAACCAGAACACAUCAGGUGAUGGCGAUGAAGUACCUGGUAAACGAAAGGGGACCAUUUUAACACAUGUUAGGGAUCUACUUGUAGGAGAUUGGAUAGUAACAAAGUUCUUAUAUCCUCGUUCAUAUGAGAAAUGGAUAUUGAAAUCAAUUGGAGGAGAUUGGAGAAAAUACAAGGCAACAUUAAAAAAGUCACUAUUUAAUCCAAAGAAGAAAAAGUCUGUUUUGAAUAAGCGUUGUCCAGAUGAUAUGGAUGAAGAUCAAUGGAAGGCCCUAGUUGAACUAGAAAAUCUCCUAGACACACAACCAGCGUUAGCGCAAAAUAGUGAGGGAGGAGUUGCAUGGGAAGGUGAUGCAUUACAUCUGGUGUUGGGAGAAGAGAAAGCUGGACAAGUGCACGGCAUGGGAUUGCUUCCGGUUCCUAAACAAGUUUAUGGUCGAAGAAGACACCAUUUUAAGGACAUUAAUAUAGUUUCACUAGAUGGCUCAUCAUCUGAUGUAGAGACUCACAUGUUGGAGGAAAUAAGGCAACUCAAAGAGCAUUCUAGAAUGCAAGACAAAGUAAUUGAAGAACUAAAAAACAAUCAAAGGCACCAUGAGAACCAAGAAGCAACAAUGGGAAAUUGUGCUAGGAGUGAUCAUAACAAUUCUCAGAAUCAAGCGGUGCUUUCUAAAAGAAAGAGAGUUCACUGUGUUGCACCAAACCGGAAUGAUGGAUUCCUUGAACACAGGGAUGAAUUAGGUCAUCAUGGAGGGCCUGGAGAGACUACGACCAUUGCACACCAGGAGGUGGCUCAUGACAAGGUUACAUGCAACAAGCGUCAAGCACCUAAACAACUUCCUAUAAUGAAGGUUGGGUCCAUGGUGCUACUAAUGACUUCAAAAUAUCCUAAUAAGGCUAAUAUGGCCUAUGCAACUCUCUUCAGCACUAAUCCAGAAGCCAUUGUUGGUGGAGUUAAGACAGGAAGUCAAUUCUACAAAGUGCGUAUCGAUCAUGCUAUAGCAAAAGAUGAGCCAUUAGUGAGGCCUAGGCCUGGGUGCAACAAUAUUGGUGAUGCUCAAGCCAAAGGAGUCUCAAUUGCUUGGCCUUCGAUGUUUGUAUAUUCAAACUAG